AUGAUUGCUGACGAAGGUCAAGAAGGUGGCAUAUGUGAAGUGUGCAUCACGCAGCUCCGAAAUGCUGCCAACUUCAAGAAGCAAGUGCAGCACACGGAGGAACAGUUCAAGAGGAGGCUUGAGGAUAACAUGUUUAAACCUACCAUUGUGAAGUUGGAAGUCGGUCCUAUAGAUGAUGAAGGUGGCAACCAGUCUGACAAUAAUCUCUCGGAUGACAUGUCCGGUACAGAGUUCGACACACCCAUUAAAACUGAAACAGAAGAAACUAAAGGCAAGAAGCGUACCAAAGGAGCAACAACGCGCGCCAAAAAAACAAAAGUCGAGGAUGCGGAGACAUCAAAAAGAACGGACGGCGAACCGCCCAAGCGCAGGAAAAAGAAAAAGAAAGGCGAUGAAAGCGCCACACCAGAGCGCGUAGAGCACAGGGUAAACUUAACCGCUAUACUACAAUACUCCAACGCUAGUCCCUUCAGGGAUAAAACUAUACGCGGCUUCUCCUGCCUCUACUGCGCCAAGUACUUCCUCAACAUCGAUGAUCUACGAGCGCACACAGCACAACAAUCGGAAAAAGACAGACUAAACACCAUGAUUGAUUACAAACUUAGCUAUACACCUAUCAAAUUGGAUAUAACAAACCUUAGAUGCACCCUAUGCAAUUCGGAAAUGAAGGAUCUCAACGAACUCAAAGACCAUUUAGUCUCGUCGCAUAAUAAGUUUAUACACAGGAACAUAAAAGACAUCAUCCUACCGUUCCGUCUGGAAAACGGCCAGAAUUUCACAUGUGUGAUAUGCUCCGUCGUCCAUAUUUCCUUCAAAAAUCUCUACCACCACAUGAGCAGUCAUUACCGCAACUAUUGCUGCAAGAAAUGCGGCGCCGGUUACAUCACUAUAGCGGCACUGAGGAAGCACGGCAAAACGCACGCGCAAGGCAUAUUCCCUUGCGAUUACUGCGACAAAUCUUACACGUCGCUCACCAAGAAGCGGAAUCACGAGAAGGGCGUCCACACCGGUGGAUGGUUGAGGAACAAAUGCCCGCACUGCCCCCAAAUAUUUGUGAGUUACUACGACCGUAGCGAACAUCUCGUCAAAGAGCACAACGAAACCCCCAUAGUUUACCCCUGCAAUGCGUGCAAUAAGAUUUACAAGAAGAAAUUCGAGCUGAACAGACAUAUAAAACAUCACCAUUUGCAACAGAGGAGUUUUCUAUGUGACCAGUGUAACGCCAAAUUCUUUUCUAAACGGGGCUUGGUAGACCAUUUGUCCAGACAUUCGGGUGGGGAAGUUUGCGCUUGCAACAUUUGUGGGAGGACAUUCUCUAGGACGAGAACACUGAAAGAGCACAUGAAAUUGCACGACGACGAUAAGAGAUAUCAGUGUGAUGUGUGUCUGAAGACUUUUACGCAGAAGUGCAGCUUAAAGAACCAUAUGAAACUACACCAAGACAAUUUGGAUAUAUUUAAAGAGUUUGAGGACGUGAAACAUUUAAUAGAUAACAGAGAGAUGACACUGAAUCAGAUCGCAAAUGAGAAUAAAAGAAAGAAACAAGCUGAAAAUAUGAAAGAUCUUAUCAGUAAACGCGGCGCGAAAAAACUGAGACGGAAUAUAAAAGAGGAAGGCGACGGACCGGGAAUAGAUAAGGUCGGUUGUGAUAACGUGAAAGAUGUACCAGAAUUUCAGAAGCAGUGGCAUAACUUGACCACCCUCCUGAAAAAUUCCAACGCCACGCCGUUCAAGGAUCGUAACGACGCUGGCUACGUUUGCGCGUACUGCUUUAAAUCUUACCCGGAUCCUCAGGUUUUAAGGAGUCACACGCACAACGACCAUGCCAGGGAGAAGCCCUCGUACAAAGCCGGCUCUGGCAUGGCGAGCUUCGUCGCCUUCCUUGAUGUAGUAGACCUCAAAUGCACUAUAUGUGAACAUCCUUUAGAUUCGAUCAAUCAACUCGCCGAACACUUGGUAGAAAUCCACAAAAAGAAGUAUUAUCUAGGCAUAACUGAUUACUUCCAGCCGUACAAAUUGACUAAAGAGUCACAAAUCAAGUGUUGCCUAUGCAACGAAUCAUUCCACAAUAUGAAACUGCUGACGCAGCACAUGAACUUACAUUAUAAUAACUUCAUAUGCCCAACAUGCGGUGCGGGUUUCGUGAAUAGCUUUAGGCUGAGUCGUCACGAGACCACCCAUGUUAAGAAAAAGUCUAGUUACCCCUGCAAUUAUUGCGGACAAGUGUUCGCAGCAGAAUCUAAGAAGAAGGCGCAUGUUAAUACAGAGCAUAAAGGCAUCGCCGGCCACAGCGUUUGCCAAAUAUGCAAAGCAAGGUUCAAGAAUUACUAUCAGAAAACUAGGCACAUGAUACAGGUGCACAACGCCGAGAAAAUAAAUUGUGAUAUCUGUGGGAAGAAGUUCAACCUCAAGUCUAAUCUAAUGUUGCAUAUGCGCGGUGUUCACUUGAAGGAGAGACCAUACGAAUGCUCAGUGUGUAGCAUGGGGUUCUUUAUAAAGCGGCAUAUGCUGGGUCACUAUAUGGCCGCGCAUACGAACGAGAGAAAGUAUAAAUGCGACGUAUGCGGUAAAGGUUAUGCGACACAGAACAGUAGACGGAAACACAUGAAGAAAAACCAUGGGAUCACGAAAAGUCAAAUGGACUUGCAAUUCGCUUGA